AUGGGAGAAAUCGAUUUUCAACCGGAUUUUCUGGAAUUGUCUAAUGAGCUCAAGGUUUCCUAUGUUCCUAGGAUCAAUAUUAACUGCUCAGAACAUUUGAAAACACUGAAAAUUCUCUGAAAACCUAGAAAGAACAAAAAAAAACGAGGAAAAAAAAGAAAAUGAAAAAAUCGAUUUUUCUUCCACGUCAGUUUAAAUCGCUGCGAGACCACACAAAUCUCAUCAUGCUCCUUUGAGACUACGGUGUGUGUCUCGCAACGAUUUCAGCCCGCAGUGUUUGAAAAUUUGAUUUUUUACUUUCGUUUUUUUUCAUUUUCAUUUUUCAAAACCAAAUUUAUUGUUACAGGCUUGGCCAAUAAGUGGUGGAUUGGGUCGAGAAUGCGCAACGGGACAUCAAGAAUUGGUUAUAACUGGACACAAAGAUGGAACCGUGCGAUUUUGGCAAGAAACUGGCGAGCAUUUACAAGUUUUGUAUCGAUUGAAGAGUUCGUCGCAUUUUGAGAGAUUGGAAGAAAUGGAAGUAUCGGAUAAGGUUUCACAUUCGGUGAAAAGUAUCGAAAUGUGUCUAGAAGUAAGUAUUAUCCGGCAAAUUUUCCCAAUUUAUAUCUAAAAAUCUUAUUUUCUCAGAGCCGACAAUUGCUUGUCGCCGGUGUUUCGGGUCAAGUCACCCUUUUCCGAUUCACCAAAAUUGAAAGUAUGAAUACAAUCGCCGUCGUAAAUAUCCCAUUGUUAGGAAACGCUUCAACUUCAACUGCUGGAAAUGGCGGCGAAUUCGAAAAAUCGCCAAUGUCAAAUGGACCCGGAAAAGAAAUGCGAAGACAACGAAAGGUCCGGCCUACUAAGCCUAACACAAAUAAUAAGCCUAGCCUAGCCCUUGGGCCUUAACUUACUUAAACUGUGGUGUGAUGGAAAAACUUCUCAAUAGACUCACGCUUCUUGUACUUAUUGAUUUUUGAGGCUUCUUGUGACCCAAACAUCUCAAAAAAAAUUUUCAGCGAACAGAAAAAAAGAUUUCAGAAAUUAUAUCAAAUCGGACGACGGCAAUUAUCGGUGCAAUGUUUGCCCACACAAAAAUUGUUGGCAGAGUUAUGUAGCAUGAGAACUUGAAAACUAUUCUAGCUCCGUAAAUCUGGUAGCAAACCUUUCAGCACGUUUCUCUUUCAUUUUUCUUAUAGUUGGACAUUGACUUUUUCAGGUUUUUAAGCAAAUGAGUUGAAAUAUUGGGUUUUAAUUUUAUUCAUAUGAUAGAAUGGUCUAAGACGAACAGAAUCAUAUAUAUGCACUCCAAAAUGAAAACUACACUUUUUUCAUUUGAUUUCAUGAAAAACUGCAUUUUUUUUGGGACAAAUGUACGGCGUAUUCGUUUGAAUUUGUGUCGCUCAAAAAAUGAUGUACAUUCAGAAAUUCUCCGAUUUUUUUGUCCGAUUUCUUUUUGGUUUGAUCAUCCACAUAUGGAUCCAGUACAUUGUCUUCAGACUCACUUGCAAUUUUUCUUUUUUUCUUGCUCUUUCCCCACCAAUCCGAUUUAUGCUCAUCAUUUUCAUUUAUCAAUUGACUUUUAAAAUAAGUCCGAUUCUCCCCGAAAAACAUUUAGGUACAUUUCUUGUUCAAUGAGAAAUGUACCAAAACACUUUUGGGGAAAAAUAGGACAUUUUUCAAAAAUGUCUGAUUUUUCCUCAAAAAUUUUUUGGAACAAACAUAAAUGUUCCAAAAAAAUUUUCGGGGAAAAUCGGACAUUUAGAUUUUUCGAAUAAAACGAGGAAUAAUUGAAUUUCAGCUAAUCUACGACAAAUUAAAAUUCACUCAAAACACUCUAAAAUGGUUUUAGAGAUGUUUAGUUUAGAAACAAGUCGCUAAAAGUCAAAAAUAAUGUUUUCUCGAAAAAUCAAUAACUUUCACAUUUAAAAAGAAAAUUUUUCAACAAAAUAAGAAAAUGUAUCUUUGUCGCUCAUUCAAUAUCAAAUUGAUAAUGUAAUUUUCACUUUAAAACGUGUUUUUCGCGUCGAAAAUGCGUGAAAACACAAACAGUUUGAAAAAAAUAAAAAUUUGCUGACAAAUGUGUGGCCGUGGCCGAGAAAAUCACACACUUGUGUACUUCUCUCGGACGAAUAUUUAUUUUUUCUUUUUUUUCGAGAUUUCUUUUUUCUGUUUUCUGGCUGAAAAAACGUUAUUUUAAAUGAUUUUGUUUACAGAAUGAUUGAAAUGGACAAAACAAUGAUUGGAGAUGGCGGAAAAAUGGCGAAAAAUGGUGAGUAUUUUCGUUUUUCUCAAAAAAUCUCUUAAAGUAUUUUCUGAAAGAAAUAUAUUUCGGAAGACUAUUUUUCGAACAAAAUUGAUGAAAUCUCAUUAAAUAUAGUUCAUUCAAGUAGUGGAACAAACAAAAAUUGAAUGAUGCACUACCUGAGAGAACAAAAUAACCAGAGUUGAAGCUUUUGGUUUUUGGUUGCCAAUUUGAACCAAUUACUUAAGUUAAAGGGAUAUUUCUAUUUGAAAUCCGAAAAGCAACGUUAAAACUGGUUAAACUUGAUCGGAAAUACCAAAAAUUCAAAAUUUUCAGCAUGGAAACACAUCAAUCACCAUCCACGUCACAACUUCAAAGGAAAUGUUAUAAAUUUUGAAUUUUAUGCCUUUUUUUGGUUCGUUUCUUCCCAAUUUUUUCUGGUUUCGAAAUUUCCUUCCAGGAAAAAUUGGAGAAUUUUCAAACGGAUCAAAAAUGUCCGAUUUUUCAUCGGAAUAAUUUUUGUCCGUUCUUCAUUCUCAGGGAGAAUCGGACAUUUUUAUAAUCAAAUGAAAAAUGUCCGAUUUUUCCCCGAAAGUGUUUUGGUACAUUUCUCAUUGAACAAGAAAUGUACCAAAAAAAAUUUCGGGGAAAAUCAGACUUUUUCUACUCAGAUAGCAAGUACAUUUUUUUGGUAUUGUAUUUUCUGCCAUCAUGUUUUAUUGAAUUUUGUCGGACAAAAUAAAUUAUUUGUACCAUUUCAACUUGGUAUUUUGUUUUGUGUUUCAUUUUUUCAAAUGUUCCAAAAAUUGUUUGAUCUUCAACUUUUCGUAAGAAAAAAGUGUAGUUUUCGAUUUGGAGUGCAUAUAUAUAAAUUUUGAUGAAUUUACACCUUAUCCAUAAGUGAUUUAGCGAGGUUUAGUCGAUAAGGUCUCUAAAUCACUUAAGGAUAACGUAAUGUCAUCAAAAUUUAUAUCAUUUUGUUCGUCUUAGACCAUUCUAUCAUAUGAAUAACAUUAGAACCCAAUAUUUCAACUCAUUUUCUUAAAAAACCUGAAAAAGUCGAUUCAGUCGAUGUCCAACUAUGAUUUUUCUCCAAAAGCACCACAGUUUUUAGAACUUCUAACCCUUUUCUACUAGAUGUUUAUUCGGAAUGAGGUUUUAGGAAGUGAUUUUUUUUUUUUUGUCGAAAAUUAUGGAUUUGUGGGUGUGAAUUUGGAAUUUUUAAAAAUUACCCGGAAAAUUUACGCUUCAAAUUUUUGAUUAAUUUUUGACCGGAUUUUUGAAAUUUGAUACUGCUUUUCUCCAUCACAAUUUUGAAUAUUUAAAAACAAUUUAUCUUAAAUUUAGCCAUGAUAUCUUUUAUGAAAAAUCUAAAAUUUCCAAAUUUUCAGCUUAAAAAUCUGAAAAUCCCCUUGAUCUAUACUAAAAUUCUGAAAUACCUGUGAAAAAUCAUAGAUCCCGAAUUUUCCUACAAAAUCCCCAUAUAUUUUCAGCUUAGCUUGAAAAUUACAGGAUUUUGUCUGAAAAUCUAGAAAAUCUAUGAUUUUUCACAGGAUUUCAGUGGGACGCGGAAGCUAUGCCCAAAUUUUGCUUGAAAAUGGGCGUGGCUUGAUUUUCUGCAAUCCUGGCACGGUUUUUUACGUUUUCAAGAAAACAUAAGUUAUUUUCUAUGAAAAAUCAAUCUGAAAUUUUUCAAAUUUUCAGCCUAAAAAUCUGAAAUACCUUUGAAAAAUCAUAGAUUCCAAAUUUUCCUACAAAAUCCCUAUAUAUUUUCAGCUUAGCUUGAAAAUUACAGGAUUUUGUCUGAAAAUCUGGAACAUGUAUGAUUUUUCACGGGAUUUCAGUGAGACGCGGAAGCUAUGCCCAAAUUUUUCUUGAAAAGGGGCGUGGCUUUAUUUUCUGCAAGCCUGGCACGAUUUUUUACCCAAGAAAACAUGAGUUAUGCCCAAAUUUCACCCACAAAAUCCACAAAUCUCUACACAUACACCCCAAAAAAAUCCCAUCAUCUGUUCAAUUUUCAGAUCGUCUCUCGUGAAUCCACCAAUUCUCUAGACACCAGCGAUUCCGGCGACGAACGUAUCGUCCCAUUCAAAGUGCGUGGAGCGCCCGUAAAAAGGCCCCCGGGCUUUCAGCCCGAAUUGGCCUGUUUUGUGCCGUGGCCUUCGCACUCAAAAAGUCGAUCAAAUUACCGCCAUCGCGUUGAACUCGUGUUAUGGUGUGAUUGCGAUUGGUGAGAGCAUUUCGCCGCCAAAAUUCCGAAUUUCAAAAAAAAAUUUCUUCAGGUACAACCUGUGGACUCGCAUUAGUUGACACAAGUCAAUGCGCUUUGAUCUACGCGUGGACUUCCAGUGAACUUUAUGGCUCCGAGCCAACACCGGCUAUUCAAUUGAGUAGUAUGCAGAUUGGCGGCGAACUUACGACAAGUCCUUUGGAGGUAUGCAAACGACACUACGCAAUUACGCCCCUCCCUCUCUCGUUUCUCUCUUCUCUCUAACAAUCUCACGCUCUCUCUGAUAUUGAAAAUGGCUGAAAAUUUCUUCGAAUUCUAUUGAAAAUCGAGGUUUCCAUGGGAAAAUUCGAGAAUUUCUUGCGUUUUCAGAUGGAAAUUUAGAUUUUCAAUAGAAUUUUGAGCUUGAAAAUUGUCUGAAAUACCUGUGAAAAAUCAUAGAUCCUAAAUUUUCCUACAAAAUCCCCACAUAUUUUCAGUUUAGCUUGAAAAUUACAGGAUUUUGUCUGAAAAUCUGGAACAUCUAUGAUUUUUCACGGGAUUUCAGUGAGACGCGGAAGCUAUGCCCAAAUUUUGGUUGAAAAGGGGCGUGGCCUAUUUUUAUGCAAGUCUGGCACGAUUUUUCGGAAGAAAACCUUUGAUUUCUUCUAUGAAAAAACUGAAAUUUCCAAAUUUUCAGCCUAAAAAUCUGAAAAUCCCCUCGGUCCAAAUUAAAAUUCUGAAAUACCUGUGAAAAAUCAUAAAUUCCAAAAUUUCUCACAAAAUCCCCAUAUAUUUUCAGCUUAGCCUGAAAAUUACAGGAUUUUGUCUGAAAAUCUGGAACAUCUAUGAUUUUUCACGGGAUUUCAGUGGGACGCGGAAGCUAUGCCCAAAUUUUGCUUGAAAAGGGGCGUGGCCUAUUUUUCUGCAAUCCUGGCUCGAUUUUUUUUUCGAGAUUUUCAGCCAAUUUUCAGCCGAAACUCACAAAUUCUGAUCUAAUCUCGCCGUUUUUUUCUUGCAUGUUGUUUCAUUUUUGGCUGAAAAUUUCAAAAUUUCAGUCAAAAAUAAUUUGUGUCGUGUCAUAUGUGUUGUGUGUGAUUUCAGGAAUACGACGAAUUCGCCGAGCAAAUCAUCGAAUUAUCCGAUCCACCGCCGGCGCGGACAAUAUCCGAAGGCGGAAAAUCCGCACAUCUCCUCCAUCCGCAAAGUUCUUUGAGCGAAUUUCCGCGCCCGAAAUCCGCAUCAGCAGGAAGCGGAAAAGGCGGAAUGAUGGGAAUCCUACGAAGAAAUACGGCUGAACUUGCGGCUACGAUCAGAGAAAGAUAUCAAAGAUCGGAGACAUUGAUAGCAGAUCGGCCGGAUAUGGAAACUCCGCCACCAUCGCCAACUUUGGACAAAAAUCACGCGCCAAAUGUUGGAAAAACUGGAAGAUCGCAUAGUGUUAAAGGAAGUAUUAUGAGAAGAUUCAAAACAUCGAUAAAAGAGCAUCAUAAAAAGGAGAAAAAAGAGCAUUCAUCGGAGCCGGCGACACCAAAAAGUAUCACGAGUUUUGGUGGCGAAAAUGGAUUGGAGAGAUCAAAAAGUUUUCAUUCGCAUAUUUCAGAAGAGGGUUGGUGUGAUAGAAUAGAUGUAGAAUUUGCUUGGGUGCGGGAGGUUUUGGUGGAUUUUUGGUGUGCCUGCGAAAAUUCGAGAUUUUCUUGCAUAAAAUUGUCUGAAACAUCUGAAAUACCUUUGAAAAAUCAUAGAAUCCAAAUUUUCCUACAAAAUCCCCAUAUAUUUUCAGCUUAGCCUGAAAAUAACAGGAUUUUGUCUGAAAAUCUGGAACAUCUAUGAUUUUUCACGGGAUUUCAGUGAGACGCGGAAGCUAUGCCCAAUUUUUGCUUGAAAAGGGGCGUGGCCUAUUUUUCUGCAAGUCUGCCACGGUUUUUACGCAAGAAAACAUGAUUUCUAGUCUGAAAAAUUUGAAAUUUCCAAAUUUUCAGCCUAAAAACCUGAAAAUCCCCUUGGUCUAAAUUUCUAUUCUGAAAUACCUGUGAAAAAUCAUAGAAUCCAAAUUUUCCUACAAAAUCCCCAUAGAUUUUCAGCUUAGCCUUGAAAAUUACAGGAUUUUGUUUGAAAAUCUGGAACCCCUAUGAUUUUUCACGGGAUUUCAGUGGGACGCGGAAGCUAUGCCCAAAUUUUGCUUGAAAAGGGCGUGGCCUAUUUUUCUGCAAUCCUGGCACACUUUUCCACCAAAACCUUCACCACCAAUAUUUUUUUUGUUAUUUUUAUUUGAAUUGAAGAAAACAGGCUGGGUUUGCUUUUUUUUAUUUGAUUGAUUCUAUCAUUUGCUUAUGUUUUUCUCUCUGCGUCUCUGAUCACUCUGUAUGUCUGACUCUCUCGCUCUCUCUCUUUGUGUGUUCCCAGAAGACACUCUCCACCUCAUGUUCCUUUAAAUUCAGUCGCCGAUCAGUUUGGAUGCUCCAAAACGAGCCGGCGAAGCUGGAAAUGGUGGAAAUGGACAGCAGAAACAGCGAAGUUUCGAUUCGCGACGACCGCAAUUGUUCAAAACACAAUCUGUUGUUGAAAAUGGAUCAUUGCAGAGAGGUGGAUUAGGAUUUUUGCCGGGCUUCAGGCCUGAAAAUCUAGGCUUGACCUUUGUUAUCCCCGCCGCAAAAAUUCGCGAAUUUUAGGGUCCUAACGCGAAAAUUUAUACCUUUGUUUAGUUGAAAAGCUGGAUUUUUUCUGAAAUACCUGUAAAAAAUCAUAGAUUUUCCGAAAUUUCCUACAAAAUCCCUAUAUAUUUUCAGCUUAGCCUGGAAAUUACAGGAUUUUGUCUGAAAAUCUGGAAGCUCUAUGAUUUUUCACGGGAUUUCAGUGGGACGCGGAAGCUAUGCCCAAAUUUUGCUUGAAAAGGGGCGUGGCCUAUUUUUCUGCAAUCCUGGCACGAUUUUUCUGGAAGAAAACAUGAUUUCUUUUAUGAAAAAUCUGAAAUUUUCAAAUUUUCAGCCUAAAAAUCUGAAAUUCUGAAAUACCUUUGAAAAAUCAUAAAUCCCGAAAUUUCCUACAAAAUCCCCUUUAAUUUUCAGCUUAGCUUGAAAAUUUCAGGAUUUUGUCUGAAAAUCUGGAACAUCUAUGAUUUUUCACGGGAUUUCAGUGAGACGCGGAAGCUAUGCCCAAAUUUUGCUUGAAAAAUGGGCACAGUCUAAUUUUCAGUGAGAAAUUCGUUUCCAAGAAAUUGUACGUGUCAAAUAUUUUAUAUCUUUUGCGGGUCUCGUUAAUUUUUGCUAAAUUGAAUUUUCCCUCUGGUUCGUUUUAUCAAAUAAAAAACGAUUUGGCGCCAAUUUUCUACCUACAGUAUCAUUAGUUUUGGCGCCAACAUCUGGGAAUUUUUUCUGGCCAAAAAUUUGAUGAAAUAUCAAAAGUUUUAAGUCAAAAAAUCCUAUAAAUUUCUGAAAUACCUGUGAAAAAUCAUAGAUCUCAAAUUUUCCUACAAAAUCCUCAUAUAUUUUCAGCUUAGCAUGAAAAUUACGGGAUUUUGUCUGAAAAUUUGGAACAUCUAUGAUUUUUCACGGGAUUUCAGUGGGACGCGGAAGCUAUGCCCAAAUUUUUGAAUUUUUUUAAACAACAACAAAAAAUCAGCCUGUUUUUUCAUUCAAAAAUAAUUUUCAAGCGAGCGACCACUUUUUUUACGCGCGACUUUUUUUUACAGGCGAAACUCGCGACUCGCCGUCGCUCGGCCGACAAAUGAAUAGCAACGCGUCGCCUUCCACGUCAUCACAAUCGCUGGAGCGAAGUUUCUCCAACUCGCCGCAAGAAGCCAUCACGUCACUUUGUUUUAUUCACUCGUUUUCGAAGAGGAAUGGUAGGUUUUUGGCUGGAAUAGUCAAAUUUUAAGCUGAAAUUCUGAAAUGCCUUUGAACAAUCAUAGAAUCCAAAUUUUCCUACAAAAUCCUCAUAUAUUUUCAGCUUAGCCUGAAAAUUACAGGAUUUUGUCUGAAAAUCUGGAACAUCUAUGAUUUUUCACGGGAUUUCAGUGGGACGCGGAAGCUAUGCCUAAAUUUUGCUUGAAAAGGGGCGUGGCCUAUUUUUCUGCAAGUCUGGCACGAAAAAUAGCCGUUUUCCAUAUGAAACUAUAGAUUUUCAGCUGAAUUUUUCGAAUUUUGCAGACCCGAAAACCGCUCCUUGCCUCUGGGUAGGCACAACUGCCGGCACAAGUUUGGCACUUGAAUUUGAUUCUGCCCGAAGAUCGCUUCACAUCAACAGUCGUAGUUGCACCAUCAGGUAUUUUUUUUUGGCUGAAAAUUUGACUGAAAAUUUAACUGAAAAUUUCCACCUGGAAAUCCAGCAUUUUUCGUGUGACUCUAUCAUUUUUCUAUCACUUUUUUUUUCAAUUUUUCACCAAAAAUUUUCGAAUUUUCAGCACCCGAAGAAAGUAAGUUUUGUAUUGUAUCAAUUAUUUCAUUUCAUUUUUUCCUAAAAAACCUGUUUUUUUUUGAGUUGCUUUAACUCUUUUUUGAUGUGUUUUUGCGGGGGCGGGGCUUAAUUUUAAUGUGGAUUUUUUUUUUGAAAAUCCGGGUCUUUUUGAGUUUGUCGUUUGCGUGGAAAAUAUUGCCAGACGGGUAGGUUUUGAAGGAGCAUUUACUCAUAUUAAUAUUCUCCAGAAUCUAAUUUUUUUUGCUAGCAAAAAUGAAUUUUAGACAUAGAUUUGAAGAUUUUAGGGUUCCUUUAGAAUUUUUUUUUUGAUUUUGCAUGGGAAAUUUUGAAUAGAACUUUAGAAGAUUUUGAAUUUUCUACAUAUUUUCAAAGAAAACUUGUUUUUGGCGCCAAAAUCACCUGCCACGUGGCAUGAAUUUUUCAGAAAAAUUCAAAAAUUAUUUUUGAAAAUUUUUAAAUUCAUCAUUUUGGCGCCAAUUUUUUCCCACGUGGCAUACGUUUUUCUGAAAUUUCAAAAUUUUUGUGCCAAACUUCAUGAAUGGUUUUCAAAAAAUUUGAAAAUUCAAUUUUUUUGGCGCGAAAACAUUUUCAGCACAAUUUCAGAGAAAACUUCUAAAAUUAGAACAUUUUCAGAAAGUCUGAGUUCUGAAACUUAGCCUAACUCCAAAAAAAAUUCAAAAUUCAUAAUUCAAGUUCUGAAAUACCUGCGAAAAAUCAUAGAACCCAAAUUUUCUUACAAAAUCCUCAUAUAUUUUCAGCUUAGCUUGAAAAUUACAGGAUUUUGUCUGAAAAUCUGAAACAUCUAUGAUUUUUCACGGGAUUUCAGUGAGACGCGGAAGCUAUGCCCAAAUUUUGCUUGAAAAGGGGCGUGGCUUGAUUUUCGCCCCCUAGGCUCCGCCCACUUUUCCGUGCCCCCCGAAUUCCCUGAUUUUGCAUGGUGUUGUUUUUUUCCCCGAUUGUUUUGUGAUGUUUUUUCCCCACUUCUGAAAAAUUUGGGAUUUUGUACAGUAGUUUUUUUUUUGAUUUUUGGGGAUUUCUUAGGUCUCACAGCGAAAAAUUCUACAGUAUCUAAGAUUGUUUGCAGGUACCGUAGUCAAAAUGAAGGGACAAGUUUUGUAUCAAUGUUUCAUGGAUUCGGCAUUUUGCAUUUUGUCGGCUGCUUGCGAGAAUUAUAAGGAGAGAGAGUCGGCGCAAAGUCCAGAGCGAUCGGUUAUUAAUCGGGUUGGUUUUGGCUGAAAAUUUCAGAUUUUUGGCUGAAAAUUUGAUGAAAAAUGGUCUAGAACCAAGAAUUUCAGAAAAUUUCGACUGAAAAUUGUUUCCCUAUUUUUUUACGUUUCAAAAAUUUUACUAAGGCUUUUCAGUUUUUGAUCUUUUUUGAGUUUGAACAACAUCAAUAAAUAUAAAAUUUGGCGCCAAAUUUGGACCUACAGUAGUACCUACAGUAGUACAAAUUCGAAAAUCUUAUUGCAGGUUUCAACAAAAGCGAGUCUAGCUCCACAAUAUUCGAGUUCCAUCGACGUAAACGAGGAUGUGAUGCAAAUUCUGAUAGUUGUCGCUGAAAAUGAGGUAAAAGUGGUGGCGCUACCCACUUUCAGCCAACUUUUCACCCAUAAAUGUGAGGAUAUACCGCUAGUUAAGGUAAGUUGGACGAAAUUUUUAGGUUUCCAUGCGAAAAUUUUAAAAAUGGUUUUUUUAGGAGGUUUUAGGGAGUGAGUAAUUUUUUUUCUUGUCGAAAAAAUAUGGAUUUGUGGGUGUGAAUUUGGAAUUUUGAAACAAAAUUACCCGGAAAAAAUACGCUUCAAAUUUUUGAUUAAUUUUUGACCGGAUUUUUUGAAAUUUGAUACUGCUUUUCUCCAUCACAAUUUUGAAUAUUUAAAAACAAUUUCUUUUAAAUUUAGCCUAACUCUGAAAUUCUGAAAUACCUGCGAAAAAUCAUAGAUUCCAAAUUUUCCUACAAAAUCCCCAUUAAUUUUCAGUUUUGCCUGAAAAUUACAGGAUUUUGUCUGAAAAUCUGGAAAAUCUAUGAUUUUUCACGGGAUUUCAGUGGGACGCGGAAGCUAUGCCCAAAUUUUGCUUGAAAAUGGGCGUGGCCUAUUUUUCUGCAAGUCUGGCACGCUUUUUCUGACAAAGUCAGUUUUUCACGCUGAGAAAUAUCCUGUUUUUAGUUUUUGAUGAACGACUCUCUAAAGAGCUCAAAAAUGAGCAAUUUUCGAAAAAUCGCGUUUUUGAGAGCCCGUAACUCAUGUUAAAGAUGAUUUUAUGGUUGAUUUACCAAAGUCAAAAGUUUUUACACAAAAUUUGUGACGUUUGGUAAAUCGACCCUAAAAAUCAUCUCUAACAUGAGUUAUGGCAUCUCAAAAACGCGAAUUUCAGGAAAUUCUCAAGUUUUGUGCUCUUUAGAGAGUCGUUCAUCAAAAACUCAAGCCAGAAUGUUUUUCAGCGUGAAAAACUGACCUUGUCAGAAAAACCGUGCCAGGAUUGCAGAAAAAUAGGCCACGCCCUUUUCAAGCAAAAUUCGGGCAUAGCUUCCGCGUCCCACUGAAAUCCCGUGAAAAAUCAUAGAUGUUCCAGAUUUUCAGACAAAAUCCUGUAUAUUUUCAGGCUAAGCUUGAAAAUAUAUGGGGAUUUUGUAGGAAACUUUGGAUUCUAUAAUUUUUCACGGGAUUUCAGUGGGACGCGGAAGCUAUGCCCAAAUUUUGCUUGAAAAGGGGCGUGGCUUCAUUUUUAUGCAAUCCUGGCACGGUUUUUCUGAGCCAAAAAUUGAUUUUUUUGCAGGCUUACGCCACCCACGUUCGCGGUCAUCCAGUUCUAAUGUGCCUUUCUGCUGCCGGUCAAAUUGUCUGUCUAUCAUUGCCUUCACUUCGUCCACUUCACACUUCCUCACUUUUACCGCAUUCGGUUGAGUUUGAUGAUCCGUGAGUUUUUUGAGAAUGCUGAAAAUUUUGACUAAAAAUAUGGAUUUUUCAGUUUUGUGCUGAAAAUUCUGGAAUUUUACUGGAAAUUUUACUGGAAUUUUUAGCUCAAAAAUCAAAAAAAAAUCAUUGAAAGAUGCAAAUUUAACAUAGUUUUCAGCUAUUCCUAAAGCUUUUCAGAUUUUUAUCUGAAAAUCAGCUUUAACCCUCAAUUCCCUUGAUUUUCAGCUCGAAAAUCGAGAUUUUGACUGAAAUUCAGGUUUUAUUUUGAAAAGCGAAAAAUUAAAAUUUGCAGUUUUUCAGCCAAAAAUUGACUGAAAAACUGAAAACUUGAUUAAAUUUAAAAAAUUUCUGUCGGAAAAAAAAUAAUUAAAAAAAAUUUUUUUUUAAUUUUUUUCGACUGGAAUUACUUGAAAUUUUAGUUCAAAAAUAAAAAAAAAUAAUAAAAUCUGAAAUUUUUUGUUAAAAAUUGUUUUUUAAAAUUUUUUUCGACUGGAAUUUUUAGCUCAAAAACAAAAAAAAAUCAUUCCAAGCUGAAAUUUUAGUGGAAAUUCUGAAAAUCUGAAAUUUCCUCAAUUUUCAGCUCAGAAAUCUAUAUUUUGUCUGAAAUUCAGCUAAAAACUAAUAAAAUUUGAAAUUUCUUCCGAAAAAAAUGGAAUUUUCUCACGUGUCACGUGAAAAUUCUAAAAAUUUGAUCAUUUCGAAAUUUUCGAAAAUGAUGAAUUUCAUCUUUUCCCCAUUUAUGGAUUGUUUGGGUGGUUGUUCCAGAAUCGUCCAAAAAACUGCGUUUUCCGAUCAUGGUUUGGGUGUCUACAUGGCGUCGCCAAGUGAGGUACAGUACCUACAGUACCCCGAUCUACAGUACUCCAUUUCUACCGUAUUUUUUUGCAGAUGGAAAAAUAUACAAUUUGUCAAGAACUCGCUGACCAAACUCAAGAUUCGCUUGGCGAAUUAUUUGUCCCCUGCGAAAUGCCUGAACCACCCAAAAACAACUCGUUUUUUGAAGGGAGUUUCGUCGAUUUUCGGUGGCACUCCGAGACAGGAUUCGACUGAUAUUGAUGUGAUUUGUGAGUUUUUGAGCUGAAAAUUAGGAAAUUUGGAGCAUUUUGAGCUGAAAAUCGUGAAAUUUGGAGAAUUUUGAGCUGAAAAUCAUGAAAUUUGGAGAAUUUUGAGCUGAAAAUCGUGAAAUUUGAAGAAUUUUGAGCUGAAAAUCGUGAAAUUCGGAGCAUUUUGAGCUGAAAAUCAUGAAAUUUGGAGCAUUUUGAGCUGAAAAUCGUGAAAUUGAGCUCCGCCCCUUUUUUGCAUGUCUGGCACAGUUUUUUUCCUUCAAAAAAAAUUUUGAGCUGAACACAAAAACUGUGCCGCAAAAUUGCAAAAAAAUAAAUCAUAUGAAAUCUAGGCUCCGCCCAUUUUCGGCAAGCUUGGCACAGUUUUGAGCAGAAACUUUGAGCUCCGCCCCUUUUUUGCAAGUCUGGCACAGUUUUUUCCAUCAAAAAUAAUGUUGAAUUACAAAAACUGUGCCGCAAAAUUGCAAAAAAUGAAUCACAUUUUUUUUCCAGUAUCCGAACCUCCCAAAGAUCCCAAAAACCCGUCGGCCUCAAGUUCAACAGUCGGCGGAAUGCGAAGUGUCGCACGAACAAUUCCGGGACCAUCAAUGUCGAUGGAUCGAGCACAUGCUGGAAGUAUUUCAGCCGGACAGGCAGCUCAAAUGGCUAUGCAGGUGAGCCGGCGGUUCCAAUGAGACCGAAUAAGCCUAGUCUUAGAUUUUAGGCCAAGCCCGAAAAGCCUAAUCCUAAUAUUUUUGCAGAAUCUCAACGAGAGAACUGAAAAAUUGAACGCAACCGUGGACGCGACCGAAAAUCUCAAAAACUCGGCCAUGAAUUUGACAUCGCGAACCGGAAAAUUGGUGGAAAAAUAUGAGAAGAAGAAGUGGUAUAAUUUCUAG